UUAUAAAACCCCUUCUCUUCAUCUUCUGUUCAAUCCAAUCCAAUCAAACAAAUUCAACUCUUCAAUUUUCAUUCAAAAGUCUCACUCCGUUUAAACUUAAUUUGUUCAGUAUGGCUGCGGUUCCGAUAUGCAUCCAAUGCGGCAACAGAAGCAACCCUUGCCGGUGCAAAGUGGUGGGUCCAACUCUUGGGUUCGUAGCAUUCGUCGUAGCGGCGGCGGUGGAGUGGCCGAUCGGUGCUUUUGUUUACAUUUUUAAGCAUAGGAAAGGUCGGAGAAUCAUGGCACAUCCGGCCACCGUUGUUUAUCCAAGGGUCACUAAUACUAUACCCAUUUGAUCAUCGUCGUCGUCUAUUGUAAUAAUGAUUUCUUAUAUGUACUGUACUGCUAAUAAUACUAAUUAUGCUAUGUUUUUCCUUUGUUAA